GCGUCUUAAGGUCUACAAAACGCUUCCUCAGGACAGCUGGUGAAAAAUUGUGAGAGAGGGAGAAACAUGGAAAUAUAAAUGCCUUAUCUACUUGUUUUAAGGCAGGAUGACCCACCACCGAAUAAAACUCUAGGUUGUAAGAUGAGCCACUGUAACUCAGGGAAAACAAAAGCUUCAGAAGCAGAGCUGUAGAAGGGAAAGACAUGGAGAGUAGAUAGACAUAAGCAGGAAGAUAAGCGGGUCAGAAAAAGCCUGAGCCUCUGAGCAAACGAAAGUGAAAGCUAUGGAGUGGGCGCCAAAAAUGUCGCUCCUUCGUGCCUGGCUGUCUCUGAGUCUGCUCCUCUCCUUCCACCUUUCCGGGGCAAAUCUGAGAGUCAGCGUUCCUAGAUCUCCAAUCCAGGCCAGGCCAGGCUCUGAUGUACAACUCCCUUGUAACAUCACACAUACUUCCAUGCCUUUUGACCUUAGCCGUCUAGCUGUGGUGUGGAAGGUGGGCCCAAAAACGAUUGCACAGUAUGAAGGAGGGAAAUUUGAGCCAAAGAGGCCAGGGGUAAUCAUGGACAGUGAGCAGCUGCGAAUGGGCGAUGCCACCCUCCGGAUCCAGCGUGUAGAGGAUACAGAUACUGCUAUUCAUUCUUGUUUCGUUAUCUACAUGAUGGACAGUGAAACAGGGAAUGUGGAUUUGAGAGUAGAAGCUCGUCCAGACAUUACACUUGGCUCCACAACAGUGCAGCUGGGCAAAGAAAGUGGUGUGAGGUGUGCAGCAUCCAGGUUUUACCCUGGCAACAUCUCUGUGACGUGGUUCCGAAAUGACGUGAUUGUGAAAGGCCCUGAGUCGCCCACAGCCCAGCCUGACCCUCAUGGGCUGUUCAAUGCAGAGAGUGUUCUGGAGCUCACCCCACAGAUUGCUGAUGCUGAUGACACUAUCACCUGCCGUAUCGAUCACAGAGCACUUGACCAGCCACUUUCAGAAAGGUCUCGGCUAAGGGUACAAGCUCCACCGACCCUUCAGAUCCUCACCAAGCCACCUGGAAUGGCAUUCUUGGCUGCAAAGUGUUUGGUGAGCGGGUUUUAUCCCCAAGAAAUUAAAAUACAGUGGCUGAAAAAUGGGAUGCGACAGCAGAAGAUAGAGUCUCGACCAGAGCGCAUGCCAGAUGGGACAUUUUCUACUGGGAGUGUCAUCUUUCCAUGGGAGAAUGAGACCAAAGCCAGCUAUGUCUGCCAAGUACAGCACGAAGCGUUGGAUGGCCCACUGGAAAAAGCAAUUCACUGGCAGCCCACAGGUGAGGGUGUUGGGGUUAACUGCCCUACACCCCCAUCCUGCCAGGAUAUAGGGAGGCAACAGAUUUCCCAAACAUCUUGUCCCACAUCUGUUCCAGGGACCUCUAGAUUACAAGACCAUUGGUGGCUUGCACUUAUUGGAGUCAUGUUGGGCCUUCCUGUAGGAGCUGCAGUAACAAUAUUCUGCAGUAAACAUAAAGCAAAGACAAAAAAGGGAAGUGUUGUACUACCCACUGAGACAGAAAAGACUAAUGACCCUUUAGUUUCAAUGCUAUAGAAACAAAGCAAAUACUAUUUUGAUGCAGAGAAGAUUGAAACAGAUUAAAUCACUAAUUUACACUGGACAUUCCCACUUAGACUUAUUUCCUGAACAAGCACACUCUCUAAGUGGUUGUUGUAUCAGUUAAACCAUUCAGAUUUGCAACUAAAGAGAUAGAGCCCCUCUGUGACAUCAGAUAUAAUCCAAAUGUUCUGACCAUGUAGUCCAUGGCAGACAGAAUGGUGGUUUUAAGAGAGAUCAUUCUAGUUAAAGUUACCUUUUCUUGUGCUGUCACCUUUGCAGCCAUCUGAUCACACCCUUGCCCUCCAAAAGCGUACAAAUAACUUGUAAAUGUUACAAGGGAAAUAUAAUCAAUACAGUUUAUAGUUAUUUUGACAAAAUAUGACAGCUGCAAAAAUAUGGUAAGCAUAAAAGAACAUUUAAAAUAAAAAGAGGUGGGUGGGAUUAGACCGAGCCUACCUGGCCUAGCAUUCAGUUCUUACAGGAGCUAAACAGGUGCUCACAGGAAACAGGAGUGCAGUAGCAACCAACCUGCUGUUCAUCUUAUUUCAAAUUGAAGGUAAUGUACAGCCAUUGUGGUGAGGAGAUUCCUCCUCAUUGUAAUUUUUGAAAUAUAACUAUAUGUGUUAGGGUUUAGCAAUUAUAUAAAUGUAUUAGAAUAGCCAAUGUGCUUUAGUUCAGCUAGCUUAAUGAAUUAUGCAUUGAACAGCCAUUCCUACAGUCCCGUGAAGACAUUUAGGCCUUCCUGCACAAAGAAGUCUCCGGGUACAAUUAAUUACAAUUAUCCUUUGAAUAAACAGACAAAGGACUGGAAUAAAUAUCCCUCCUUUGGAUAGGCCAGAUGCAGAAGGAAUUGGCUGCAAUUUGAGAAACAUCUUGAAAGUACUUAAAAUUAUGUGUGAAAGAAAAGUUGAAGGAAUACCAGUUUUAAUUAGAUCAAAGAAAAGGUGGUGUGGUCCCCGGGACUGCACAAAUGAAAGGUCCAAAGAAAGAAAGCAAAACAAAAUAAUACAAAAAA